GUGUCGUCGGGAGCAGAGUCCAGGCUGUGGCUGAAGUGGCUUGCUGGAGCAAAGGAAAGGCUGGCGCUGGAGCGAGAAGAGCGACCCCCAGGAGGGAGGAAGGCAGAGACUGGCUGGGGAGGAGCCAGUCUCAGGGCUCAGGCAUCCCAGCCAGUGCGCUUGGUCUCCGCGCGCCUCCGCCGGGCUCGCCAAUCCCUGCGUUCCCACGGGCGGCCUCGGCUGCCACCUGGGUCCUUCGCCGGCACUCUCCGCCUUUCUUCCCCACGCGCGCCCCUGGACAAUGGACGACAACUCCCUGCUCUCGGUGCCAAGCAAUGCAGAGACUCCGCUGGUGUGUGACGCUUCAGAGCCCCAGCAAGGCAGCGGCAGCAGCAGCUCUGCAAGCAGCUUCGGGAGCUCCAUCACAGCGUGUACAAAGGUUCUUCGUAGCAGCAGUCUGCUCGAGUCCACAGAUUACUGGUUGCAGAAUCAGAGGACACCCUGCCAAAUUGGUUUUGUGGAAGACAAGUCCGAAAACUGUGCUUCUGUCUGCUUUGUGAACCUGGAUGUGAACAAGAAGGAAUGCAGCAUGGAGCAUCUGCAACAGAAAUUGGUCAACGUUUCACCAGAUCUCCCAAAAUUCAUCAGCUCCAUGAAUGUCCAACAGCCAAAAGAAAAUGAGAUCGUCCUACUCAGUGGCUUAACAUCUGGAAAUCUCCAAACAGACUUUGAAGUUUCACAGUGUCCUUGGCUGCCAGACAUCUGCUUGGUCCAGUGUGCCCGAGGGAACAGAUCAAACAGUACCAAUUGCAUCAUCUUCGAGAUCAACAAGUUUCUGAUCGGCCUGGAGCUGGUGCGAGAGAGGCAGCUCCAGGUGGAAGCAAGCACCUUGAAACUGGAGGACGACACCAACUGUUCCUUGUCCUCCAUUGAGGAGGACUUCCUCACCGCGGCCGAGCACCUAGAGGAGGAGACCGAGCUGGAAGAACAUAGGAACGGUUUUGAAAACAUAAAUGCCUCCAUUAGCAUUCUGGAAAGUAAUAGGCCAAAGGAGGCCCCCCAGGAAGAUUGGAAUGGCAACAAGGAAAAGCUCUUGCAUGCUUUAGAAGACACCUACCUUAGCAAGUACCACACACCAUGGAUUAAGCCAGAAGGAGGUCAAGGAAAAGUCGCUGGAGAAACCGAGGUGAGCCACCUGGAUGCCUCAACCAAGCCAUCACAAUGGAAAAGUGGAGCGGUGGGUGCAGUGAGCCCAGCCACCCAUGAUCACAGUUCAGAAAAGGUGAAAGGUCAAGUGGAAAGGUGGCAGGCGCGCCAUCCUCCAGACGAGACUUGUUUCUCCAGGUUAGUUAAGGAAGAGGUAUCCCCUGCCUGUGGUCCCGACACUGAACGUGGCAGCAGCUUAGAGCCAGCAGCCCCUGGAAGCAGAAGAAAAUCUCUAUCUCCCAUCCAGGAUGAAGAGGCUACAACUGGGGAGUAUGCGACGAAUUUGGCAGAAUCGGUGCUACAAGAUGCAUUUAUUAGGUUGUCUCAAUCUCAGCCAGCCCUGCCCCAAGAGUCUGCACCCUGUAUUUCUGCAGGAGGCACAAAGCUUCCCAGUGGCUGUCCCACGGAACACACAGGGGUCCCUCCGUCGUGGAAUGAGCUCCCCCAAAUCGUCAUAGUCCAGAGUCCGGAUGGCAGUGAUGCUGCUGCUGAGCAAGGUAUCUGCUUGGGGCCCGAGUUGGAAGUCUCUGCUGAAACCCCGAGCAUCCUCUCUGGAGAGAACCCGAGCCAGUACUCACAGAAUGCCCUAGAAGUCGUGUUGGCUUGUGCAGCCACUGUCAUUGGCACCAUCUCCAGCCCGCAGGCCACAGAAAGACUCCAAAAGGAACAAGAAUCCCUGGUCUUGAGCAGUUCCCUGGGAGGCAGCGAAGCCCUGAACACUCACGCCCCCCGAGUCCUACAAGAACCCCCUGGCGGGGAGUACUCCUUUCCAUCAGCGUUGUGUGGCAUGACUCAGGUAGCAAGUGCUGUGGCUGUGUGUGGCCUGGCUGACACGAGAGAGGUGACAUGCCCAGGGGCGACAAGUGACCUCACAUCAGUGACUCCACGCAGCGGAUUCAUGACGGAGAGGAGCGUGGAGAUGAGGAAUGAAGCCAUUGCGGAGGCCCUGCUCAAGGAGGCCACACUGCUCCUGAUGAGGCCCGGCUCCUGCAGCAGCGUGGGAGACCUCCUGGGCUCCAUAAGCAGGCAAAUUGUAGAAGCAGCUUCCAGGCCUCGGACUCUAUGCUCAGAACUUGUCUUCGGCAAUGAGCUGGCCCAGAACCUGUCCAAUGUGAUCCUGAAGCAUUCCAUGGAUGAAGUUCACCGAGACAGCAAAAUAACGGAGCCCAGAGAGGGUAGGCACCCGUCUGUCACUCUGGACGCCUUAAUGGAAAGGACAAACCAACUGCUCUUCAAGGUGAUCUGCGUCACGUUCCAGAAGAUGAGCCACAUGGCGCAGCUCGGGGGAGGGUCCCUGGUCCUUGGUAAGGACACCUCCAGGGGGCGCGAAACAGAUAUAGGCUGCCAGCUAACUGACCACGCUGCGAGCCAAGUGUGGCCCAAAGGUUCUGAGCAUACCAACAGCCAUCCAACUAGCACUCUGCCCAACACUAGCCUUGUCAUCCAAGAAACUGCCAAGGAGAUGCACCCCAAACGGGACAACAAGGACAGAGCGCGGCCUGGCCUCUUCAAGAACCCCACCCUGCCAGCUGAAUUCUCAUCUUGCCAGGGCCUGCAUGAGGCCUCACCCGCUAAAACCCCCUCCCAGGAAAUGUGUCUGAACAGAACAGCGGGAGACCUGACAAAAAGCCAUCCUCAGUCACCAGGCCUCAGUGAGAAGGAACACCGAGCUUCUCCAGAGGGACAAAGGGCAUCUCCAGUCAACAGAGGCAGGAAGGGAUCCCAGGAGGCUGAGGGAGUUAUCAACCCAAACACCCAAGAAAAGCACAAUGGCGACACGCCUCUUCCCAAUGACGCGCAAGUCCCCCUGUCUUUGCUAGGGAAUGACUUGCAGCUUCCUGCUCAGCCCGGGCUACAGGCAAAGCAGACAGACAUCCACACCCUCACAGACUUUGCAGAAGAAUUAGCGGAGACCGUGGUCUCUAUGGCAACUGAAAUCGCAGCGAUUUGCCUUGACAACGCCAAUGGCAAGCAACCCUGGUUCUGUGCGUGGAAAAGAGGGAGUGAGUUUCUGGUUACGCCAAACUUAGCCUGCCGCACCUUGAAGCGAAAGAAGGAGAGCCAAGGCAGCGGGGCCACCAUCAGAAAGCACAAGCCCCCUCGGCUCAGUGAGAUCAAGAGGAAGACCGACGAACACCCUGAGCUGAAAGAGAAACUGAUGAACAGAGUGGUGGAUGAGUCCAUGAACGUCGAGGACGCCCCUGAUUCUGCCAGUUCCUUUGCAAACGCAGUGGCAGCCAAGAUCAUGAACUUAACCGAGUUCACCAUGGUGGAUGGCGUCUGGCAAGCCCAGAGCUAUCCCCGGAACCGGCUCCUCGGUGACAGGUGGAACCGGCUGAAGGCCUCCAGCUGUGAAAGCAUUCCCGAAGAGUCGGCUGACGCCAGGGCCUAUGUGAACAGCCUGGGUUUCAUGAGCACCUUGAGCCAGCCGGUGAGCAGGGCCAGCUCGGUCUCCAAGCAGUCCAGCUGCGAGAGCAUCACUGAUGAGUUUUCCAGGUUCAUGGUGAACCAGAUGGAAAGUGAAGGGCGAGGGUUUGAGAUCCUGCUGGACUACUAUGCCGGCAAGAACGCCAGCAGCAUUUUGACGGCCGCUAUGCAACAGGCGUGCCGAAGAAGUGACCACCUGAGUGUGAGGUCCAGCUGUCCCUCCAAGCAGUCCAGCACAGAGAGCAUAACGGAGGAGUUCUACAGGUACAUGCUGAAGGACAUGGAGAGAGACAGCAAAGACGGGCCCUCCUCCAGGAGAAGCAGCCAGGAUUGGACAGCUGGUCUGCUGCCUCCUCCCCCAAGAGCCUCGUUGUGCCAUCGACAGUCAUCCAUGCCAGACAGCCGAUCGCCCUGCACCCGGUUAACAGUGAAUGCCCCCAUCAAGGCCAACUCCUUAGAUGGCUUUGCCCAAAACAGCCAGCCAGAUUUCCUAAGCGUGCAGCCAGUGGGCAGCGCCUCCUCCUCGGGCCUCUGCAAAUCGGACUCUUGCUUAUAUCGCCGAGGUGGGACAGACCAGAUCACCAACAUGUUGAUUCACGAAACGUGGACCAACUCCAUUGAGGCCCUCAUGCGCAAGAACAAAAUCAUCGUGGGUGACAUGCAGGCAGCAGCUGCUGGACCUCUUUCUGGUGGCAAAGCCAUGCCAGGGGAGAGCUAUGCCAACCGAUUAGCAUCAAGCAGAGGAUCCAGCGGGUCGACUCUGCUCAUUCAGGAGUCGGUUGACUGUCCAAGGCGAGACUCCCUUACUGGAAGCAAAUGUUCUUCAGCAUCAUCACCAAGCAAAGCCACUCUCCUUAUGAGCCACAACAGCGUCGAUGCCACGAAGGACCCUUCCACGCUUCCCACAAACCACACCCGGGGAUCCCUUUGCUCCAGGGAAGUGCCGCUUAUCCAGAUUGAAACGGAUCAACGGGAAGAGUCUGGUGGAGAACCGGGAGAUGUCCAUUGCAACCCCCACGAAGAAGCAGAAGAACAUUCCAAUGAAGGAAAAGUCCCGGAUGUGGAAGGGAGCAGAGGCACAGAGGAGGGAAGCCGCCCAGGCCAUCGUGACGGCCUUGAUGCCAGAGAUGUACCCGAGGCAGAAGUCUUGACAGAAGCCAGAAACCCUGAUGAGUUCCCCAACCCUCCCAGCAGUGGUGAGGAAAGUACAGCGAGCUGGUCCCAGCUUGCCAACGAGGAAGACAACCCGGAUGAUCCCAGUAGCUUUCUGCAACUCAGCGAGAGAUCCCUGAGCAAUGGCAACAGUAGUGCCACUAGCAGUCUUGGCAUUAUGGACCUGGACAUUUAUCAGGAAACCAUGCCCUCUUCACCCAUGAUUAAUGAAUUAGUGGAAGACAAGGAGAUUCUUAAAGGACAGUCAGAACACAUAACGGAACGUACCUCUGGACUGUCAGUGGGGACGGCCGGCCACCAGCGGAACCUGCUGGUGAUCAACUUUGACUUGGAGCCAGAGUGCCCUGAUGCUGAGCUCCGAGCUAUGCUGCAGUGGAUAGCGGCCUCCGAACUUGGGAUUCCUACCAUCUACUUUAAGAAAUCUCAGGAGAACCGAAUUGAAAAGUUUCUAGAUGUUGUGCGUCUGGUCCAUCUGAAGUCCUGGAAAGUGGGCGAUAUUUUCCAUGCAGUUGUCCAGUACUGCAAAAUGCGUGAGGAGAGGCAGGACGGGGCCCCAAGUCUCUUUGAUUGGCUCUUGGAACUGGGAUAAGGCAAGCUCGAACUGCACAGCCUCCCUUUCCUUCCCUCCAGCUUAGGUCCCAGUGGUUUGUAAAAUUCUCCAGACUCUCUCAAAACAUCGCAUCCUGCUAGCAGAGCUGUAAAAAAAUCUGCUGCUCAAGUUUACUGCACAGGGAAGAAAUCAGGGGGGAAAUUGAACACAGCGCUGCACAAUCCCACCAGUGGAUGAGUUCAAUCGAGCUUGCAUUCAAAUGGCUGGAACCACAGUGGCUCCUAACUUAGGAAGCUCAUACCCAGGCCCAAACUCCAGGAAAGUGGUCCUCGUGUACGUUUAAUAAUCUGACAUGAUAUGUCCUGUCUCCAGUGAUGUGGAUCACCUGGGGAAAAGACUCACUGGCCAAGACUGUUUUGAAACCAAGGCUCUAACUUUUGUUUUCCUGGUUUGAGUGGGUGAAGAGGCUACCGACGCAUUAAGAUACAGGUGAGACAUUUCAAGGACUUUUCUGUAAAAGAUUUCCAGUCAACCAGUCUCAGUAGAUAUCUACAGAAGUACAAGAAUAUACCACUGAACUCUACUGAGGUGAUUCCAAGUCUCACUGCAAGCCACAGAUAAAUGUUCCCUCUUCUCAACAAUAUUGGAACUCCAGGCUGCCCAGAACACCACCACUCUUCAGCUGAGGAAGAGGAAGAUUGCAGAGUGUCUGUUUUUCAUCACUAUAUGACGUUAGUAACAUGAUUACAGAAUUCCUACCAUGUGGGAAAGCUUUCUUUAUAUUUUCAAAAGUCUUUUGAGAUAAAAUAUGUGUGUUAAAUUAUAUGAAAUGCAAGCUUAGACUUUAUUUUUAUUAUAAAGUAUGAAGAGAUUGACAUUUAAAUAAUAUAUUGAGUUAGCUUAGAGACAACCUAUAAAGAGAUUGUUAUCUUCGGUCAUAUAUUGACAUUUGAUUGCAGUGGUUGGUUCGAUUGUGAAGGUGUUGGCAUGGCUGCUACGAUGAUAUUUAUAAUGGCUGGGGCAGGGUAAUAACUUUGAGGUUGACAUGACCAGUUGGGAUCAUACUCUAAAUGGUCUCCUUCCUGACUCAAAGAGAUUGGAAUGAAUUGGAGGGAAAGAAAACAUUAUCAUGUUUUCAGUGUUUGAGUAAAAGAAAUUUACUGUUUUGAAAAUAAAAUAUAUCUCUCACCCACCCAAGUUGUCUGUCCUUUCAAUGGAAUGAGCUGCACUGGCUUCUUUGUUCAUGCUCAAAGUAGAUGUUUAUUGACAAUUUCCUGAAGCACUAUGCUUUUACAUUGUAUUUUUCAAUUGUGAUGUGAUUUAAAAUGUGAAAAGGGGUCUCACACUAUCAGUGUUGGCCUGAGCUAUUCAUCCUCAUCUGGAAAUUUCAGAGUAGGUUCUUUGUGAGCCAAGCUUUUUUCCCUGGAGAUCUUUCUGCUCAUUAAUCAUUUCUUGCACACAUAGACCAAUUCAGGUUAAAUUUUUAAUUUGAUGCAUUCACCAAAGGUCAACCUUUAGAAGAGUCUACUCACCACCUCAAACUGAAAGUUCUUUGUGCUACAAAAUGCAAAAGGAUAUCUUUAUCUUUUAAACAAUUCUGGAUAAUCUUGUGUAGACUUCUUUUGUGUUCAAAUAAAUGUUUACUUAUCCUACAAAGCACAAAUUAUAAUACUGGAUUGUAUAACUUGUGAUGAACUUAUGUUGUACCUAAUGUUGCAAACGAAUCAAUAAAUGUAUGUUGCCUAA